AUGUUGCAACAAGCGAAUGUGCAUGAGGUUGAAGAACACAUUCAUGAAUCAAGCUCCACUGGUGUUACCACUGUGGAGAUUGCUCUCAUCAACUCACUGAUGGAUCAAUACAGCAUUCCGAUGAAUGAUGAUUCAUCUUGUCCUAUUGAAGAGCAAAAGAAACGAUUGAAAUUGGAACUAACGAAAUUACUUCGAUCGGAACCGUAUCCUCUCAUGACAGCCAAAUAUUUACAAUUUGUUGAAUCCUUGGAAAAGAGUCAUUUAAAAUCGAUUGCAAUUGAAUUUAUUGUUAAAUUGUGUGGAAAUUCCGAGGUUGAAAAUGACAAAAUUAUUAGCACUCUGGAGAGAGUCUAUGACAGAUAUAAUGAUUUGGCACGACUCGUGAUUACUACAUUGUACAAAUUAGAUAAUUUAACAGAAAAACAACAAAAUAGAAUUUUACUGACAUGUCAAAGCGCUCUUGAAUCUGCUGAAGAGGAGGAUUUAGAUGAUAUUGUGAAAAUUAUGUUGAAAAAUAUGACCAAAAGAAAUGCACAUCAUGUCGUACAAUACAUUAGAAACAAGCUUUCGUAUGAUGACGUUGCAGGUGCACGGAUAUGCUCCGAAAUUCUUUCAGAGACAUUUUCAACAAAUCCAUCUUCUUCAGCCUAUUUUUUGAAAUCUCUAAAAGCUGAAGAAAAUGAAUUUUCCAAAUUAGACAUUCUCAUCUUGAUUGUACUGCUCUCGACUCGUAGUAGGGAGAGAAGCACCACAUUUUCCAUUUUCAAAAACGCAUUUCAAAACAAACCAAAGAGACUUGUUUCGCUUGCAACAAUUUUGGACGCCCUGAAAGAGGCAAGCUCAAUAGUGAACGAAAAAUUUUCCAACUCUAUAUACGUAUUUAUUCUCUACUUAUUGUCCAAUAGUGAAUUGUUUAUAGAUGAAAAAGGUGUGUCGUGGGCUUAUAGUAUUUUCAUUUCUGCCUUUAAAGCCCAUCCCUUUUUACGCUCCAAGUUUCUUUCAUCUUUAUUGGCCAUGUUCCAAUAUUCUAAUGAUCCAAGAUCAAGCAUAGCCAGCGAUAUAUUGGUUGGAUUAUGUGAUGAAACCAAUGAUGACAGUGAUGAAGAGGAAAUUUCGCUUUGUAAAGAAAUGGCCACAGAUUACUUGUCCAUUCUCAAGGAUGCCCUUUCUCAUGGAGUCACAUAUUCAAUCAAAUGUCAGCAUAGUUUAUGUUACGUACUUGCUAAAUGUUGUACAUAUGAACCUAGGUUAUUUGAAUUUUUAAUGAUUUUCAUUAGAAAACAGCUUUUUAGUGGGCAAGAUAAAAAGUCACAACUAGGACUUAUUAUUUCCACCCACAUCAUUCAUGAAACACAGUUAAUGACUUCAAUGGACGUUGAACGAUUUGUUUUCACAUUAUUCAACCAAAAGCUUUGUGAUGAAAAUACCAUUUUCGUUCUUGAUUUAUUAAUUUAUAAUUUUGAAAAACUUUACAAGAUGGGUUAUAAUACACGUAUUCAACACAUGGUUGCCUCCCUCAUCAACAAUUAUGAGCUAGUCCAAGACAUUUUACGUUUAGAAAAUAAGAAGAGCUUUAAUUUUCGAAAAUUUGCUUCUGGGAGUGAAUUGAACAAGACCAGACUCAAAACUCUGUCACUACUUUUUAAGUGUUUUGUCAUGACGUAUGAGAAGGAACAUCCUCAAGAAAAUUUAGCACUUGCUUUGACGCAAUUUGGUGUAGUUGGAUCUUCCAAAGAAGAAUUAGUUUGUGCCUAUGUUAUUUUUACAGCCAUGUGUGAUCUAUGUAUUGAAAAUUGCGGAACCAUAUUUGAUGAAAAAACAGAAGACGCUCUUAAUGAAAGUAUGAACUAUUUGCUAACGUUGCGAUACGACAUUCCAAUUGCCAAGUCCAUUGGUAUAUUUAAAAUGAAUCUCGAAGAUGUAUAUGAACUCUUUCCAAUUAAUUUGGACAUUGUUUGCAAUCACGUAAGAACAUUAAACGCUUCCAUGGAAUAUGAACAGGACAAUGACAAAUCCAUGUACAAAGUGAGAGAAGCGUUUAAAUGUUUGUUUUCAGAUAUGAAUGCAACGUUGAAAUAUUUAUUGAGCUCCAAGACAUCAGAUCCUCUAGAAGGCAUUAAUGAUAAGUUGAAUACGUCAUCAAUGACGAAUAAGGGAAAGCAAGCGUUCUCUCCAGAUUUUAAAUGUAUUUCUCCAGUUAAAAGAUUUAACUUUGGAGCACUUUUGGAAAGUACUCGUCGACAACCACAAUCCAUUUCUGACUUUAUUCAAACGAAGGCUAAGACUCUUGCAAAGCUUGUAAAGAUGACUUUUUCGUUUAACAAUAGAAUGGCAACUAUUAGAGAAAAAACUACCGAAGACAAUGCAGAAGUUAUGUACCAGCUUGUAGACCAUAUUUCUCUGUGUAUUUCCUAUAUCUAUAGCACAUUAACCAAUGUACUAUAUGUCACGAAACGAAUGCAUGAGGAAUCAUUUGAGGAAUUACUUAUUUUACUGAAACGAAACAAUACUGACCUAUCAAUAUCUUUACAGUACCUCUCACGAUUGUUUUUGAACCAAAUUGAGAAAUCACCGUUUUCAGUGCAUGUCGUUCAAUUGUGUUUGCUAUUUCUUGCAAUUGAAAAGCUCAUCUUUGAUACAUUUAUUUUUAAAGACGUACCGUUUUAUCAUUUACUAUUUCAUAGAGAAACAAAGCAAACAUCAACAUUGAGCAAAUAUCUGAUGCAGGCCAGAUUAUUAAUUCCAUUGGCGUAUUUACCUUCUGAUGAAGGUAGAUGCUUAAUCGAUUACUUUUUGAUGGCUCUCAAUAAUUUUGUUUUAGGAGUUAUUAAUGGAGAAGGUAAUUCAAGGGAAGAUGUGAACGUGGAAAGAAUCCAACAUGGAGUAGUGAAAGUAUUAGAUGAAAAUACGUUCCAUUUAUUUUUCCAAAUUGUCACAAAGGUAGCAGAGUUGGCUCUCACCAAUGCUCCAGUUUGUCCUGUCAACUCCAGUAAUGGUAAAUUUUUCAUUAGAAUUGAGGAACCUUUAUCGUUCAUGCGAAAGGUCAUCAUGAUUUUCAAUUUGGUACUGGAAUGUAAGGAGUUAAAGAAAACUCGGAAUAAUAGUGGAGAACUUUUGGCUCAUUCUCUUAUCAGUACAUUACCCAAAUUACAUGAAAAGGUUGCAGAGAGUUUAAAGUAUCUGUCUGAAAAGAGAGAUGAAAUUGAGUUGAGACGUUCAGAUUACAUUCCUCUCAUUGAGAGUAUGAAAUUGUUGUGUGAUUCUUGCUUUUCGCUUUGUGAUCGCCAAAAAAAGUUCAUGAGUCCAAACUCGACGCAAGAUGGAAAGCUAAGGCAGAUCAUGUUAAAACUCUUCCAAAAGCAACAUGAGUUAGAAUUAUUCCUUAGAGAUGUUUGUGAGUCUCAUUACAUUGAUUUCUUCAAUAAGGAGGUUGAUGAUGCCAUGGGAGAUGAUUUUGACCAAAUCAGAAAUAACGCAGUGUUUUGGGAAUUCUCCUCUCGUGCAUCAUAUGUGUUAGAAGAAAAGAUUUUGCAUCUGACCACACACAAUAUGAUUAAUCAGGUUAUUUCUGAGGAAGCGAGUUUGAGAUUGUGGGAGCAACCACCUCCUCAGACAUUCUUCGACAAAAACAUUCUAUUUUUGCAUCCUGAUCUUGAAGAUGUAGUCGACGACGUUUAUGUUGACGAUGAGGAAGAUUUGGAAGAGAGUGGAAGUGAUGACGAAGCACAUUGGAACUACAGCAAUGUACCAACACUAGAACAGGCGUACAUGGAUGUCACUCGUAAGAAACAAGCUGAACAAUUGGUGCAACCACAAUCACAGAGCGAACAUCAACUUGAUGAACAAGUUCACAUUCUACAGCCAAGAAAAAAGACCAAAUUGUAA